AUGGAACAUCAACCCACCGUUCACAUUCUGAGACCUCACCAUAUCACUCUCCUCGCCGUUAUACUGCUUGCUUUGAAGGAGAUCGACUCAAAGAACCUUGCGCCUGCCUUCAGUCUCCAUAUCUAUCGCGUUCUGCUGAAUGAAGUCAUAGAGAUUGUACCUCCAAAGACAUGGUCAGAGCUACUAGAUAUACUCAGCGCGGGCCCAUCGGCGGGAGAAAAGUCCGGGCCACAGUUGAUAACCGUGCUCAGAGGAGUGAAUUCCGAACUGAGCGAUCCUACCCAACUAAGCAACUUCUUUGCCACCAUACCGUCGCUCUUCCUCUCCAAUAAGGCCUACGAUGCGGAGGCAGGUGGAAGCUAUUCUGAACCAGAAAGUUUUCUAACUUUGGGCGGAGACAUAUUUUUGGCUACUUUUGUCGGCGACUACGAGGCGUGGUGCAAUGGCGACCGGGAAGCAGGUUACGAUAUAGUCCAUAAAGAUUCUCUCGACAAUUCGUACCUACUCCUCUUCAAAUCCAACGUUGACAAGAAGACAUGGGCGGACUCGCGAUCCUAUGAAAUCUUUGAGGCAGGGUUAGCUAAUGGCGACAUGCUCACAGGUGAAGAACACCUUCGUUGGUUCUUUGAGCAACGGUUCCACGAGGGCCACGACUCCGGGCUUCGGCAACACGCGGUCCUUAAUCUCGCCCGGCAUCAUUACAUUCGGGAGGAGUACCCAGCUGCGCGAAAGUAUCUGACAGAAGGUAUCACGACAGCACGGACAGCCGGCGACAGGUUUACCCUACAGCAUUGUAUCAGUUUGCUUAAUCGGCUACCUCCUGUUGAGGUUGGCCGCAAGCCUGUUCUCAAUGAAAUACAACCCACCUCGCAUCCCCUUGAGGUUUUAUUUGACGCCAAAAAAUUAAUGGAUACCGAUAACGAUCAGAAUCUGGGUGCUACUUUCGCUAAGCUUGCUGAAGUCCUCGGCAUGCUGGAUCACUAUAGUGAAACACAGCUAAUAGAUUCUGAGAUAUGGGCUCACCAUGCUGUACAGUCUGUCGCGUGGAACGCUAUCGGUUGUGAUAGGCUUACUGUGAUAGAGGAAGAUAUAGUGACUGCAUUCACUAUGGUCGGCGGAGACGAUAACAAUCGGAUUACAGUCAUACUCAACCGAGCCUACCGCCAAGCACGGCAAGGCCAGUAUGAAACCGCACUCGCUAAAUUGCUAGAACCCGAUAUAUGGAGGGGUCUGACCAUACGCGACUACUCACUAUGGGCUAACCAGGUGUGGCAUAUUCUGGCCCUGAGAGCUAGCCGUCGCAAGCAGGAGCGUAUUUACCGAGAGGUUCUCCUGCCGCGACAACCCCUGGGCGAGGUGGAUUCCAAUGACUAUUUCUUCUACACUUGCAGCAUGAAAGACAAGAUACGGGGUCAGCUUUACGAGGUCCUGCGACUGAGAGAAUUCGGACAAGCUAGCACGGCGAUUGAACAGCUUCUUACCGCGCUCUGGCACGCAGAAUUUCAAGGCCGUAUGCAUCUUUAUAGGACCGGCAUUAUACUCUUAGCAGACGUCGGUUUAGAGUUUGGGUUGACCAAACGGUGCUGCACAAUCUUGGACGAAAUAAUGCCUCAAAUCAUCACUGGCUGUGAUCUCGAGCAACGAGCGCUAGCUUGUUUCACGCUGGGGAGGUGUAUCAUAGCAGCAAAAGGAGGCUCAGAACCCGGCCUGCAAGAGGCGCUUAAGUAUUUGUUGGUGGCGGAGGCCGACUGCCAAACCAUACAACUUAUCGAUCCAUUGGCUGACGUGCAGUAUUUGAUUUCUGUGGUCUAUCAUAACCUAGGAAUGGUGGCUGAGAGGGAUGAGGCCGCCAUGCGCCAUAGUAAGACCCUUGUUGAGGUUAAGCGGCUAGAGAACGCUGGUACGGAUGACGAGGUAGAGGCUAUUCUGGAAAUUCUGGUUCAAGUUGGUUCGACUAUAGCUGGUAUUUGA